CAGGUGUCUAUCUUUCUCUCCCCCUCUCUGUCUUCCCCUCUUCUCUUGAUUUCUCUCUGUCCUAUCCAACAGCAACAACAGCAAUGGCAACAAUAGCAACAAGGGCAACAAAAUGGAAAAAAACUGGCCUCCAGGAGCAGUGGGUUCAUAGUACAGGCACUGAGCCCCAGCAAUAACCCUGGAGGCAAAAAAAAAAAGGCUCUUUCUCUCUCUCAAGAGGGCUGAUGCGCACUCCUCCCCAACCCCAACUCCCUAGUGCCAGCCCACAUCUCCUGCAAAACUAGCUGGUUCUCUCUGGAUGGAGAACAGGCCUCCUCUUUAGCUGUCCCUUGUGUCCAUGUCCAAAACUGCGGAGAAAAGAAGACUACAUAAGACUUGGUUGUUGGAAGUAGAGGUGGAAACUGGUUUAGGGACCCUUUUUCUUGCUAAUUGUUGCCCACCACCACCACCAGCAUACACACACACACACACACACACACACACACACACUCACUCCUGUUUGACCUGUUCCAAGGUCUACAGGAAUUUGUGUUUGUGGAUGAAAGAGUGGGAAGUAAUUUAGUUCAAGCUCAUAUAUACAUAAGUUAAAGACCAAGCAGGCUCCCCGCAGGAAAGAGGAAGAGAUUUGGAGCAAAAUGGUCUUGAGCAUGUAGUUGGAAGAGGACUCUUAAGUCAGCCUUGUUUGCCCUCUCCAGCAGAAAGUGGUGUUGUGGCAUAGACCUUGGGGUUUUGACCCUUUGGCCCCCUCCGGCACCAUGGCCACUCUGAGCGUCAAGCAGAGCCAGCGCUUCAAGUUGCAGGACUGGCACACCAACAGUUACCUGUUGGCCACCAACGCAGAGCGGCAGCGAGAUGCUUCGCAUCAGAUCCGCCAGGAGGCCCGGGUCCUCCGAAAUGAGACCAACAACCAGACCAUUUGGGAUGAACAUGACAAUAGGACUCGACUGGCAGAGAGGAUUGAUACAGUCAACCGAUGGAAGGAGAUGCUAGACAAGUGUCUGACUGACUUAGAUGCCGAAAUUGAUGCCCUAACACAGAUGAAGGAAUCAGCCGAACAAAACCUACAGGCCAAGAACCUGCCUCUGGACGUGGCCAUCGAGUGCUUGACCCUUCGGGACAGCCGGCGUGACAUUGAUGUGGUAAAAGACCUUGCAGAGGAAGAGCUGCACAGAGAGGUGGAGGUCAUUGAGACCACCAAGAGGGCCUUGCAACAGAAGAUUUCACAGGCCUUUGAGAAGCUCUGCCUCCUGCAGGAAGUCCGACAACAGCUCAGCUCUGACCAUCGGGACAAAAUGGAGACACUAGAUAUCGACAGAGGCUGCCUGUCUCUCAACCUCAGUUCCCCAAACAUCUCUCUGAAGGUUAACCCUACACGUGUCCCUGAUGGCUCCUCCACACUCCAGCAGUGGGAUGACUUCAGUAAGUUCAACAAGAACCAGGCAGAGGCCGAGAUGAAAGAAGCCCUGGAGCUGAGAGAGGCCAUCGCCUUGACUAUUGCUGAGACCAACAAUGAACUUGAAGCCCAGAGGGUUGCAACAGAAUUUGCCUUCCGGAAGCGGCUGCGAGAGAUGGAGAGAGUGUACAGUGAGCUCAAGUGGCAGGAGAAGAACACCUUGGAGGAGAUCGCUGAACUGCAAGAGGACAUCCGACACUUGGAGGAAGAUCUGCGCAGAAAGAUGCUGAACUUGAAGCUGUGCCACACCCGGCUGGAGUCCAGAACCUACCGGCCCAAUGUGGAACUCUGCCGGGACCAGGCACAGUAUGGCCUCACUGAUGAGCUUCACCAGUUAGAGGAAACCAUCACAGCCCUGAAGCAGAAGCUGGCACAAGCACAAGAUGCUCUGGAUGCCCUGCAGAAGCACCUGGCCCGGCUGCAGGCUGACAUUGCCUGCAAGGCCAACUCCAUGCUGCUGGACACUAAGUGCAUGGACACUCGACGCAAGCUGACUGUACCUGCUGAGAAGUAUGUACCCGAGGUGGACACCUUCAACCGUACCACAAACCGUACCCUUAGUCCACUCAAAACCGGCCAGUUGGAGCUGGUCUAGCCUUGAGGGUCCUGAGGGAGGAGGGGAAGGUAAAGUAGGAAAUGGGAGAGGGAGGGGGUGGAAGAACUGAGUCUAAUAAAUGUCAGGGUUCUCAAUCCAGAA